AGUAUCAAUGCCAUUACAUUACCUUUGCCCCCCCUCUCUCUCUCUCUCUGACUUCAUAAGUAGAGAGACUCUCAAAUUCUUGUUCAACAAUCAAUAAUCAAGAGGAGAAAUGGAGGCAAUGAAGAUGAAGCUCUUUGUGGCCAUGAUGGUGGUGCUGAUGGCCGCAGCCACUGUGCAGAAGACGGCUGCUGCCGAGGCCCCAGCGCCUAGCCCCGCCUCCGAUGCGACCGUCUUCGUCCCCACCCUCUUCGCGUCCGUUGUUGCUCUUGCUUUCGGGUUGCUUCUUUGAAGUGUCUCCAAUUCAUGCGCUCAUCCCACCAAACAGGAAAAAAAAAAAAAAAAAAGCAAUGACCACUUAGUUCAUAGAAGUGUUGCACAUUUCCACUCUGCACCCCUUAUUUUUAUUUAUUUUUUAAAUUUCUGAUAUGUAUGCUCCCUAAGAUCACAUCUCUCUCUCUCUGUCUCAUUUAUUCUUUUGUACACACAUGAGAUUCUUGGGGGUUGUUACAGAGUUUCUGGUGAUUUUGGUGUUCAUGAUGUGAUUGCUGAGAUCUGCUUUUUAGUUUGGUGCGCUUGGUGGGGGACUUUGUAUUAUACUAAGCAUUGAUUGAGUAUGAAAAAAUUAUGUUGUUUUUAUAGGGAAUGUGGGUAUAUUUUGUCUUAGAUUAAUAUGGAUAGACAUGAGAUGUGAGGGUGUUUGUAGACACACUCCCAUUUUCUGUCUUUCUUCUUGUAAUAUGUUCCUCAUGCCCUUCUCAUUUUUGUGUCUUGGAGGAUUCAUUUGUCUUUGUAAUAAUUUCUUGACCUAAUAUUUAUUAUUUUUUUUUCUAGCAA